AUGCAUUUAACAAUUAAACUUCUUGCAAACAGGCAUCCUUCGUUCAUAGCUCGCACAGUAUUUGUAAAAAAUAACGACGUCGACGAUGCUUGCAGGCUAGUUAAUAGAAUUUUAGGCAAAGAAGGCAUCUUGGAACAAUAUCGCCUAACAAGAUAUUAUGAAAAACCUUUUCAGACAAGGAGACGUGUGAACCAUGAAAAGUGCAAGGCAAUUUAUAAUGAAGAUAUGGAAAGAAAAAUUCAGUUUGUACUGAGAAAAAACCGUCAUGAGCCAUUCCCUGGAUGCCAUUAA